AUGUCGAUUGACGGCUCUGACCCUGUCUUGCUCUUUACCUCCAGCGAUCCCACCGACUGGCUUUGCUUACUGCAACUACUUGCUAUCGCCUCUGACCUGGCAUGCAAACUAGAGCUCGACACCACACUCCCGUUGUUUGAAAGCACUGCUUUCACAUUGUCCAUCCGCAUCUUGCCCGUACCCCCAUUGUCUAGGCUGGGCAAAAACACAUCAGGAAGUGAGUGCAGCAACGACAAUGCUGACCCUGAUACUGAUGCUGGGACUGGCAUUGCUAGUCACAACACAUCAGGGGUGGAGGAUGAUGGGUGUCGAUAA